UAUAUACCAAAUAACUGUGUGCACUUUUGUGUAUACAUCUUGGCAUACACACACACAAACACACACACACACUCACACUCACACACACACACACACACACACACACAUACUGUACUCAUGUUAUUUUUUUUGCAUACAAACCAGGUUUUAUUUGUUGUAAAAUGAUGGGAUAUUGAUGGUUCAUUGAUGGAACAUGGAAUGUUGUACCACAUUUCUUGACAGGCGAUUCAGCAGACUUCACACGUAAAUGCAUAUGACGCACCAUGUGGCUGUAUUUACUUUAGAUGAAUAGACACCACCAUUGUGACAGCCGGGUAUUGGACUGUGCCUACAUAUAGUUAUAUGUUCUAAACACGGCAAACACUGCUGUAGGUAAUUAGCUGCACAUGUUACCGGACGUUCGUGAAUGCUAUUUCGUGGUAAAUGCGCAAACAUCAGUCAACAGCAAAAUGUUACUUCGGCGUAGGCCUAGUUGUAAGUUUACUGUAGCAUCCUUACUGUGUUUAACGUUCCUGUAUAUGUUUUAUCGUCAACAUAUGAUUGGUAGUAUCCACAAAAUAGGAUUUCAUGGAGAGGUGAAAAGGUGGUUUGGUGACCCCGGUGUACUGUCUGCCUCUAAUAGGAAGAUAUCUGACUUACUUGUGAUAGGCUAUCUAAGAGGAGGUACUACAUUGAUGGGUGAACUUUUGGCACUUCGAAAUGAUACUUUCUAUGUCUAUGAACCUCUUCACAAGUUUGGGGAUUUUAGGUACUUUAAGCCAGGUUACGAGUGCAGUAUGAACAAUGAAACCUGCAGGAAGUCUAACCGGACUGAUGGCCAAGUACUCGAUGUCAUUCGGGCAAUAUACAACUGUGACUAUAGCCACUUCCAGGACCAAUUACGAACCUUUCAGCACCUGAAAUCUCGAGGCAUAGAAUCUCUUAAUGAUCAAAAAUGGAAAAUGUCAUUCCCAGAAUGUCAAGGAAAGUGGAAUGGUUGUCCAAAGAAGUAUCUAAGUCAAUGUUCAAAGCGCAAAUCCAUAGUGAGCAAAGUUCCAAGACUUAGUCUCAGUCUAGCAUCAACGCUUUUGGACACGAUAUCGCACUUAAAAAUCAUCCAUCUAUUGAGAGAUCCAAGAGCUAUAAUGAACUCAAGGACAAACCUUAAAUGGACACCUGUCCCUGGUGGCGCGUUGUCAUUGUGUAACAAAAUGACAGAUGACUAUCUUGAAUCAGUAAAACUGAAAACAAAAUAUCCCGGAAGAUUGUACACUGUUUUCUAUGAGGAUUUGGCGACACAUCCACUAGAAACAUUCAAGAACAUUUUCAACUUUGCAGGUUACAAAAUUAGUGCAAAUGAUCACCUCCACCUUGCUCAAAGAACUGCAUCAUCGAAAAGAUCUUCCCCCGGCAACACAUAUUGUAGAAACUCUUCAAGCGUCGCAUUUGCUUGGAAAAAUAGAAUAAAUAAUAUUGUCCUGAACGAAACUAACAAAGCGUGCUCUAAUUUGUAUCGUCUUCUUGGAUACCCACAAUAAGCUUAUUCAGUUUACGUUAGAACACCAGUAUUCCGAACAAAAUGAAACCUGACGGAAGACUAUUGUUGUUGAAGCAUAUUAAUUUGCAUUUAUUGAUGCUUGUACCAUAACUCAGAAUGGAAUGACAGAAUUUGUUAUUCAAAUAUUUGAAGAUCAUGACCGACUUGACCUGAGUUCUACAGGUAUAUCGGCUAAAUGUGGAUUAGAAAACCAUGUUAUUGAACUAGCAACAUUGAAAAGAUUACAACAGGGACUCAACUUGCUGGUUACUAAGAGGAUAUUCGUAACGAGAAUAAGACACCUUUUUAAUAUGGAGAGAGAAUUUUCGCGUAAGAAUCGGAAAACAAGGGAUUUGGUCUUACUGUAGGGAAACUGAAGCAACAGUUGAAUAAACUGCAAGACCCCCAGAGGGCCUUACAGAGUAUGCUCACUUAUAUAGAGCAGCAAUGCAUGUUUGUGAAUGAUCAUUUGAACAUAUAGAACACAGGCUAGGACAAUUCUCAAAGAUAAAGCCACGGAACGUCUUUGCUAAGUUUGUGAGGAGACGAAAGAGACAGAUUAUCAAAUCCAGAGGAAAUCUGAAGGGUACGAAAUAUUCGGUGUUUGAGGACUUGACAAGACUUAUUUAAAAGCUACAGCCUGGUUGGAUCGUUUGUAAGAGGAAUGUUACCGUCAGAUGACACGCGUCAUUAAUAGCUACAAAACAACUUAAAUGACAGACUUCUUCAACUUUUGUCUGAUUUUGUUGUGCAUUUUAUCUUGUUUUAAAACCUGAGUUUCCCCAUGAUAAUACAUAUAUAGAUAUUAACAAUAUAAAAGCAAAAGGUAAGGUGUUAGAUGUCAAUGCUAAUUUUUAACCUAGACAUUUUCUAUUAAAAAUUACAGACCAAGAUCACUUUUGAAUAAUGUGUUCAUAUUUGCUUCAGGUACGAAAAAAAACCGCCGCUACAAACUGUUAGGCUAUCUGAAAGCUGUUAGUCGUUCCCCCAUAAAAUAUGAGUCACCAUAGCCACUUUCAAUACUCAAAUUGACUUGCAUCUCCUACCUUUAAAGAGGCUUUUUAGUCAAAUGACAACCUGAAAAUCGAACCGAUUCUGAAAAAGAUACAUAUAUUAACGAAACUUAACGUAGCUGAUUAAUGACAAAGUCUGAAACUAACGCCCAGUGUGAUCAGCGUCAUCUUUCGGGACAGCCGGUGUUAAAAAAAGCCUAGACCGAAAUAAUGCAAUAUCCGGGCCUUUCAGUGAGAAUAAACAUGAACAGUACCACACUGUCGACCGACAACACAGUGUCAUUUGAGAGUUUGAGGUCACACAUAACACAUUCUUGUCGCUUUGAAUUUACAUAAUACACAGC